CGCCACUAUACGCCGCCGGUGCCUCUCCCACCGUCGCCGUCGUGUAAGUUUUUUUUCCAGUUCUUUUAUACAACGAGGCUCAUAACAAUAUGAUGGUAUGUGACAGAAAUCUAUUUGAUGCAGUAUGAAUAUCGACGGUGUGAUUCCAUGUUCUGUUCAAAAGUGGGUUAGCCUAGUUGACAAACUGUCACCAAGUCAGAAAUUCAGGUUUUAUGAAACGGAUAUGCAGGGCAUGUUUAGAAUACCAUCGAUAAGGAUGCGUGAUUUUUUGCUUCACUUUUUACUCCAAAGUUACAAUCCGAGUAGCAAAAAAUUCAUGGUUCAAGAGAGUUCUGGAAGUACUGCUGGAUGUAAAGGUCUUAUUUCAUUAAGGCCUGAUGAUGUGUACUCCAUAUUUGGUUGGAAAAACAAUGGAGUGGAUGUUUUUGGGUUUCUUAGUACUGAAGGAGAAAAAGCAACCAAAAAAAUACCAGUUAGUUUUGUUAGCAAGAAAAAUGGUAAGAUCAUGAUUGAUGAUCUCAUAGAAAAGAUUGUGAAGGAUAAGAGCACUGAUGAUGACUUUAUUCGGAUGACAUUUCUAGUUCUCUUAGGAACUAUAAUUGCACCAGUGUCUCAUGAAUACGUUCCGAAAAAGUACUAUGCCUUAGUGCAAAAUAUUAAGUUGAUAAGGAAGUUCAACUGGAAUGCAUUCACUUCACGAUUCUGUUUAUCGGAGAUUGGUAAGCUUCUGCAGGACGGCCAUGUUAGGCAGUGGCCCCAGGGGAACCUCGCCCUUUUGCAAUACCUAUACUGGGAGAAGGUGCAACCAAUCACCGGUCCAAAAUAUGAUCCGUUGGCAUUGUUGAGCCCGCUGAUGAGGAACUGGACGGAAGAUAUGGCUGUGAAAAGAGACAAAUACGACUACGAAUAUGGUCGUGGUGUUGGGAUGAGGAGUAUAGGUUGA